UGGUAAAAUUGUAAAGAAAGGCGUAAUAAAUAAAAUGCCGUACACAAUCACCCCAACUUUGUGAAAUGCAAUACAAAUGAGGCGCCUUUGGAGACAAUCGAUAAUUUUAAACGGAAAUUGUUUGAUCGAUAGUUCAAUUUUCUUCUUGAGCAAUUUGAGGACAAUUUAACCAAGCAAUAAGACUCAAUUUGCUAAAGGAAACCAUAAGGCCAUGGCGAAUGCAGCAUCUGGUGUUAAGAGCAUGACGCCCCAAGUAUUGAGGGAUUUGUGUAAGAAGAACAAUCUAUAUCUCACACCAAAUCUCAAUGAUGUGCUCUAUUUGCACUAUCAGGGCUUCCAGGAAAUAGCUGGACUGGAGGAAUACACAGGAUUGAAGUGCCUGUGGCUGGAGUGUAAUGCAAUUGGUGAGCUAAAGGGUCUGGAUAGUCAAACAGAGCUCAGGUGUCUCUUCCUGCAAAAUAAUUUAAUUAAGAAAAUUGAGAAUUUGCACCAAUGCACCAAACUCGAUACCCUCAAUUUGUCCCACAAUCAACUUCGACGUGUCGACAAUUGUACUUCCGACAUCCUUCCCGUCCUAUCCACCCUCACCAUUUCCCAUAACUAUAUUCGGACAGCAGCGGAUAUUGAGAAUCUGACAAAGUGCCAGAAUUUGUCGGUACUGGAUCUUUCACACAAUAAAAUAGAUGAUAUCCUGGCGGUGAAAGUUUUUGCUGGGAUGCCCAAUUUGAGAGUCUUGACCCUUGUGGGGAAUCCUAUUGUAGGAUCAAUCCCUUCGUACAGAAAGACACUUAUUCUCGAGUGCCUCAAUCUGACUUAUCUGGACACCAGGCCGGUCUUUCCGAAAGAUCGUGCCUUGGCCGAAGCCUGGAAAAGAGGUGGAUUCCAGGCUGAAAAGGAGGAAAAUGAGCGAUGGAAUCAUGAGGAACGACGAAAGAUGCGUGAAAGUAUUAACAGAGUUCUUCGUCGUAGGAAUGAGAUUAAAGGUCAACAGAUGACAGAGUUGAUCCACAGUAGUAGUGAUGAGGAGGAAUUUGCUGAAUCUCAGAAAGAAAAUCUCGAAGCAAAGAUUGCAGAAAUUAUCAAAGAAGUCGAAGGUCAGGAAAUGGAAAAAACUCCUCGUGGGCACAUUUUUGAAAAGCCAGAAAAGAACGGUCAUCCAUAUGAAGACAAUGAUAAUAUUGAAAAUGAAAAAUGUCUGGAAACUACUCAGAAUGACUGCGAAACUUCAGAUAUAUCAGAUAUCGUGUCUACUGAUGAUGAGGAAAAUACGGUGAAAAUUAACAUAAUUGCGGGAAAAUCAUUACUUCCAGACGAUAAAAAUGCCGUAAUGGUAGAGUCAAGGGAACAUGAAAUUGCAGCUGAAUCAGAAGAAAUCAAAAAUCCAUUAGAAGAAUGCGUUGAAGUCAUUGGCACAAAUCCAGAAAAGUGUAGCACACCCAAUUGGAUAAUUCCAGAGAUUAGAGAAAAUCUCGCUGAAGAAGAAAGUCCAGAUAACAGUAGAAUUUCCACAACAGCAACAGCUAAUACAACAUUCAAUGAUUUUUCUUUUAAUUGCUCGGAAAAUCAUACACAGAACUCUCGGGCGUCGUCACCUCUUAUGAGCAUUUUGAGCAUAACUCUUCCGCAUGACUCCUUCCAGUCACCUCCGAAGCAUAAGAUUGAUGUUGCACCUAAAUAUCAAAAGACUUCUCCGGUGAAGAAGCCUCCCAGGGAGUUUCAUUCAACUGUUGAUGAUUUUAUGGAGUCUUGUGAGAGGCAGCUUGCGGAAGAAAAAGUGGAAUCCGAGCGACUUCUCGCAAGGUAUACAGAAGAAGUUAACAAAAGCCUUCAAGAACUUACCCUUGAGACUCCACAGGAACCACUGGACAUUUCUUCCAUCCAAGAUUUUGAACGAGAAUUUGAGGAAAUUAGCACAAAAGUGCAAAAUUUAAAUGAGACAAGAAUGGAGCAAUUUCGGGAGGAUAGCAGAGAAGUCAAGAAAUUGAUUGAUGAAGUUUUUGAGAAGGUUAACAAUAGAGAAGAUAAGAAAAACUUCAAGGAAGACUGUAAGGUAAUCUCCGACAAACUGGAGAAACUCUCUGCUCUGAUUGAGAAUCCUCCUGUUAAUCAGUUUGAUGAGUUAGUUGAGAAGUUCUGCACAGAAUCCCAGGAAUCAGACAAUGCUAAAAAUUGGGCAGAAGAUUCGAAAAUGAAGAAAAUCGAAAAGUUCCUUAACACCAUCGAAGGACCAUCUACAUCUGAUGCUCCAGAAGAAAUUGCUGCAGACAUUCUUUCGCCUAAUUCAACUGACGAGGGAAUUCAAAUUGAAGACAUUGAAUUUUCAUUCAGUCCACUCUCAGGCGAAGCAUCUGGAUCUGAGAAUGUCUCCAAAGGUAUGGAAGAGCGGGAAAUUGAAACAUCUCUCCAAGAGGAGUAACAAGUAACGAUUGCUUUUAAUGUAAAAAAAAAUUAAUUGUGGUUCUUCAGAUGAAAUACAUUUCUUUUCUUGCUGUUGAUAAGUAUUAAAAUUCAAUUGUAACGCA